CUCUCACAAUCUAUACUCAUCAAGCAUCCAAAUACAAACAUUGUUUAGCUAUGACCAACAUUUACUUUAGGACCGCUUUUCUUCUCUCCCUCUUGUUGUCCUUCUCUCAUGACAAACCGUUCCUCCUCUGAUUUUGGUGCCAUCAAGUUCCGGAUCACAUGUCAUGAAGCCGCCAUCACCGUCUUCCUCCUCUCCAUCUCCUAUCUUCCCGGAGCUUUUUCUGAAUUCGACAAAGAGUGCAAACCCGAAUCUGACAACACAUGUACCAACAAAAACAGAGCAUUUGAUCUCAAACUCGUAGCAAUCUUCUCAAUCCUUACUGCUAGCCUUGUUGGCGUUUGCCUCCCGUUCUUCGCUCGUUCUGUUUCCGCUUUCCAACCCAAGAAAUCUCUAUUCUUUAUCGUCAAAUCCUUCGCCUCUGAAUCAUCCUCGCCACUGGUUUCAUCCAUCCAUGAUGUCUGCAGUGGUAACAGCGUCUUCAGUAGGUCCAGUAGGAAUGAGCCAUGUGCUGAUGUGGCAUCCGCUGAGACACCUGACCAAGAGAUGGGGCGCCUGCAAGCUCACGCGCAACAUGGUCAUGGUCUUAAUCUUAAUCUUAGCGAUGACAAGGAGCUUGGUUCUAGUUUACAGUUUCUCCGAUAUCGUGUUAUUGCCAUAGUUAGGGCCACUAACAAUACUUGCACCAUCAAAGGCCUCAUCGCUGCUCUUAGUUUCCACCAAAUGUUCGAAGGCAUGGGACUCGGUGGCUGCAUCCUCCAGGCAAAGUACGGGCAGGUGAAAAAGGCGGUGAUGGCCUUCUUUUUUGCGGUCACAAUGAUUUCCGGGGUGGUUUUAGAAAUGGCUUUAUCUAAAACGUACAAAGAGAAUAGCCCUAACUCACUCAUAACGGUUGGACUGCUCAACGCUUCUUCAGGUGGACUACUCAUAUACACGGCUUUAGUGGACCUUCUCGCGGCAGAUUUUAUGGGUCAAAAGAUGCAGCUAGCAGAGCAUUAAGCUUCAGAUGAAGUCAUAUGCCGCUGCUCUGCUUGGUGCCGGUGGCAUGGCCGUCUUGGCUACCUUUGAUGAUGUACUUGAUGAUGUACCAAUAAUGGUACCUUUGACUC